UGACAUAUACUUUGAGGGUACGCACAAGACCAAAUUAUGUGGAAAUAAGUGACUCAGAAUCAGAAAGUGAGUCAAAUGAAUGGUUAGAAGCAAAAAGGGAAAAACAGCGUCGUCCACGAUAUCGAUCUUCUCGUAGACCAAGAUCCGAAAUGGGUAAUAUGAUAAUGGAAACAACUCCAUUAUCAGUGAAUGAAAUAGCAACCAUUGUUCCGGAAACGAGUAUUAAUCCUGACCAGAGUUUGCCAAUAGAAACAGCUCCAUCAUCAAUGAACGAAACAAGCAAUGUUCAACAAACAAGUCAUAAUCAGGAACAUGAAACUCCAAGCGCAACUGCGGGGAAUGCAUCAAUGAAUGUAACAGAUAUUGAUGUUCCAGAAAUAAAUAAUAAUCAGGAACAUAGUUUGACGAUGGAAACAACUUCAUCAUCAAUUCCCGAACCAUUACCGCGUCAACCAACAAUAAAACAUAAUAAAAAAACCAUCCUAGCAUGGUUGACAGCUUGCAAGGAAAUUGAUGAAGGGACCCAGGUGCGUUACCAUGAUGGGGAAAAACCGAUAACAGGUCGAAUUUUCAAUGGAGCCAUCUUAUGUAGCUGUUGCGACGAGGAAAUCUCUGUAUGGAAGUUUGAGAAGCAUGCUCAAAGUGAGGAUAUACAACCAUACAAACGCAUUUUGGUGGCGACACGGAAGUCCGUCCUCCAAAACAUCCUGAUUAGUAAGUGGUUGAAAGAGGAUGAACAAAAACGUCGAGACAUGUUCAUGUAUGCUCCCAUACAUGACAUUGUUUGUUUAGUUUGUGGAAAGGGAGAAGAUGAAGGGGAAUUUAUUAACUGCACAAAUUGUCCCUCCACUUAUCAUCGUUCCUGUGCUUUCAUACAGGGUUUUUCUCAGGAAAACGACGACCAUUGGUUAUGUUCUUACUGCAGCUGCAAAUACUGUAAGGGUGGUCAUGAAGAGGAGUAUCCUUUAGACAUCCUGUGCCGCCAAUGCAACAAGAAGUGUCAUUGGAUGUGCCUAAAUAAAUCUGAAAAAGAUUUAUUAAGGACUCAUUGUUCCGUAAGUUGUAAAGAGAUUGAUGAGAAAUUGAAGGGCUCAAUCGGAAUCCAAAAUAAUAUCAAUGGGAAUGAGAGCUAUUCUUGGAGAGUCCUCCAACAAAUGGAUACGAAAAGUGAGGAUCAUUAUGUAAUAAGCAAUUCAAAGGUUGCAGCUACUUGCAUGUUGAUGGAAGAAGCUUUUGGGAUGAUAACAGACAAACAUACUGGCGUCAAUGUGGUACAAAGUGUUUUAUACAACCGCAGAUCAAAUCUAAGGAGGCUCGAUUUUCGUCGAUGUUAUACAUUUAUCAUCGAAGAAGAUGACGCGAUAAUUGCUGCAGCUACCGUAAGAUUUCAUGGGAAAGGCCUUGCAGAAAUGCCUUUCAUUGCCACAGAUGAGGCAUACAGAGGCAAAAGAAUUUGCCAUUUGUUAAUGGAGAUAAUUGAAUCGUUUCUUCAAAGUCUUGAAGUUGAAAGGUUGACCAUUCCAUCUAAUCCACAAACUGUUGAAAUGUGGAAGCAAAAAUAUAGCUUCAGUGUGGUCAACGACAAGAAGUUGAAGAAAGAUAUGGUUUCAUAUAACCUUUUGAUGUUCCCUGGAGCUAUAAGAUUAAGCAAAAGACUUUUUCUGGACUUGAAUGAGCCGUUCGGGAAUGUUGAACCUAAUACCGUCAAUUAGAAGCAAUGUACCUGUUUUAAUCUCUUUUUGGAUUUUUGCGUCUAUUUUGUUGAACUGCUUGCUCUCUUUUUGUACCUGUUUUGUUGAAUCUAAUUACUGUUAUCAAUUAGAAACAAUGUUUCUGUGAAGAUAAUACGAUACUGUUGUAUGUCCUUCAUAUUUGUACCUGUUUUGUUGAAUGUUAUCAAUUAGAAACAAUGUUUCUGUCAGGA